AUCAACUAUGGCAGCCUUUGCAAAAUUUGCGUUUGGUUUUGAAUGUUUUAGGAUUUGUUGUAAAUAAAUGGUCACACAUCACACAAUAUCACACACUUUCACGCGUAAAACAUGUCUGACAAUGAAGACGAACAUGACGAAAUUAUGUCGGAUGAAGAUCCUGCGUCCCCGGACAUGGAACAUGAAACCGAGCAUGAUGAAGAUGACGAAGAGGACAUGCAGCUGGUGCAGCAGGAAUGUCUCGAAUCGUUUGCCAGCAAGGACUACAUCAUGGAGACCACAAUAUUCACCACUCUCAAAAGAUUUUUGCAGGCAGGUGGGUCUCCGGAGAAAGUUGUGGAACUUCUGUCCACCAACUAUAUUGCUAUGGCUCAGACAGUCAACCUGUUGGCAGAGUGGCUCAUACAGGCAGGAGUUUCCAUUGAGGCGGUCCAGGAACUGGUGGAGAAUCACUUGAAGUCUCUGAUCAUCAAACACUUCGAUCCCAAGAAGGCUGACUCCAUAUUCACAGAUGAGGGAGAGACUCCGUCCUGGUUGGCCGAGAUGAUUGAGUAUCCAACAUGGCGGUCUCUGUUCUACAAACUGGCCGAGGAGUAUCCAGACUGUCUCAUGCUCAACUUCACUAUCAAGUUGAUAUCUGAUGCUGGGUACCAAGGGGAGAUAACCAGUGUUUCAACAGCUUGUCACCAGAUUGAAGUCUUCUCACGCGUGUUGCGGACAUCGAUAUCAAGCUUUUUGGAAGCUGGGGAAGAGGCCAUAGAGAAAAAUCUCCCAGAAUUCACCAAAAUGGUGUGUCACGGAGAACACACCUAUCUGUACAGCCAGGUGCUCAUGCACGUGCUGGCUCAAGAACCAAAGGGAGGAUCCAACAUCAGACGUCUCUGCCAGGAACUCCAGAAAUGUGCCAAUGAAAGAGGACUUGACGUCACCCCGAUCACCAUGGCACUGAGUGGAGCAGCGGCCUACCCGCGAGCCUGCCAAGCACUGUCCUCCAUGCUGUCGAGACAGGCCCUCAACCCGGCAGACAUCACAGUGCUAUUCAAGAUGUAUUCCGAACAUGACCCACCACCUGUUGACUUGAUCAGAGUGCCUGCAUUCUUGGACCUGUUGAUUGACAACUUGUUUAAGCCAGGUGCGCGCCUCAAUCCCGAACACAAGCACAAAUACACUAACCUUCUGGCAUACGCGGCCAGUGUGAUCGAUAUCUACAAGAAGGGAGGAAGGAAGUCUGUGGAUCGUAACGAGUUGAAGCCGACGGUGCAGGCCCUGGAGAAGACUCAGUCAUUGUGCAGCGAGGGGAAGGGGGCAUCCGAGCUGAUAGCUGACGUCGCCACACUCUUCACCUGUCUCAGAUUUCCUGUUGUAUCAAUGGGGGUACUGAAGUGGGUGGACUACACGGUAUCGGAAGCCAGCUACUUCAAACUAAACACCGACCACACGCCUCUUCAUCUAGUCAUGGUCGAUGAGAUUGUCACAAAUCAUAUUCUGCUUCACCAAAAAGCUUUAGACUUGCUCAUCCGAGUGUUUAAGUCGUCUUUUGAUGAACUGGAUGUCUUGGUCAGACUGGAGUUGAAGAAGAUGGUGCUGGACAGAAUGAUCCACCUGUUCAGUCGCGGCUGUGUCAUCCCUGUCGUCAGCUACAUACGGAAAUGUUUUGACAGUGAAGAUACCGACAUCUCCUUAAUACGACAUUUUGUUACUGAGGUUCUUGAAAUAAUAACACCGCCAUACACCCCUGAGUUUGUCGUUCUGUUUUUACCCCUGAUUGAGAGUGAGGAAAUUACUGGUAUGCUUCGGGCUGAGGAUGGAAACGACCCCGUUUCUGAAUUUGUUGGGCACUGUCGAACCAACUAUCAUGACAUAACUACUUGAAAUUGGUGCCAUUCGUCGACAUGGACAUUUAUCACAAACAGCAUCAAGUCAUCAUAAUCUUGGGACCACAGCGUGUCUGUUUUCCAUGAAAUUAAAAUUGUCACUUGAACAUCAAAUCAUACUUUCCGUCUGGGACCAUUCCUCUUUACAUGAACAUAAAUUGCUAAGAUAGCAAAACCUAGUCUUAAGCACUGUCACACUGAUUGUCUCAAAACAGUUUUGGCUUUCACUAUCCCUUUAAGUGAAAGAAACAAUAUUCUAAGCAGAACUGAUGUCUUUUUCGUGAAAAUUAACAACAGUAUUGAAUAUGCUAGGUUUUCAUUAUGUUCUAAAGGAAGAGUGGUGCUUAUUCAUAAUGUUAAACAUCUUCUGAAACUACUUAAUUAGUCUGUAAUGAAGCCGGAACAUUGUACUUUUGUUUGAAGUAGAAGAUGCAGACGUCACAAAAGCCAGUGAAAUACGGCAGUUGCUGGCGGACUUUGACAUACUUGCAUUGGACAUAUAUUUAUUCUGCAAAACAAAAGUUGUUUUUAUGAGGUUAAAAGUCUUCAAACUUUCUUUUAGAUACAUUGAACUUGCUCUUCAAUGAAUAAGUCUGCUUGAUGUCUAAGCAGUUAUGAUGUUGUGAAUAACUGAACCAAGUGAUAUUUUUACUGCCAGAAAAAAGAAGAAGAUUUUUCUGGACACUGUUUCUGCCCUUGUUCUUUGAUAAACUGAUUAUAACAAUAUCCUUCAUUUCAAGACGAACCAAAGGUUUCCUGAUUUAUUUAUUUUUGUAUUCGAAGGUUCAUUUUCAUCUUGCUAAGGGCAAAAAUGUGACUCUACCAAAAAUAAUGAAGCAAUUAUGAACUGUUGCAAAUGUCAACAUGGUUACAAGCAGCUGGGAUGUGUAGUUAUUAAAAAUCAAAACAAGAAAUUGUAUAUAACUUGGUGUUCCAAGCAUCAGAAAAUCAUCCAUUCAUUGUGGUAGAAACUGAAACCUAUGCUGUAGACUUCACAACCAAAAAGGCAACAACAGAAGUUUGAUUAUCUUCUCAUAAUGUGUAUGUGCAUCAAAAUUCAAUACAUAUACCUGGUUCAUCAGUAGUCUGGAAAUGGUUUGGGGAAAUCGGAACAUCUGUUUUAUAGAAAUCGGGAUAGCUCUGAGUGAGAGAAACAUUUCACCAAAUUAUCUUUAAAAAUGUAAAAUCCAGUUAUUUUCCAACAAAUAUCUAUUAUGACAUGAACAUUUUUCACAAAAUUAAAAUAGCAUUCGGCAAUUGUUCCUAAAUUCACAACUGGUGAAUUUGGCAAGUGGCGGAGCUACCCCUGAAAAUUGUAAUUGUUCAACAGCAAUUGACAUGACAUGCUGAAGGAGAGUAAUCGGGAUACAAUGUGUUGCUCAAGAAAUAAACCGUUCUGACAACAUUCUAAACAUAAUCUACAUCACAGGGGUACGGGCUCCCUUUUUUACAGGGGCAGGCUACUUUUGCCCAAAUUAAACGAAAAUGCUCAAAUGUGGAAAAAAACAUUUAAUCAUAUUAACAUUACUACCAAACAGCUAUAUAGGGUUUCAAAUGGAUGACUACCCAUUUUGACAUGGAUUAAAACUAAUUUUGAGGGUAGAAUGUUGGAAAUACAUGGUAAAAAGGUCUCGGGUUAACACAUUUUGCCCGAAUAUCUGUAUAAUUUUUGCCCGAAUUUGAAGUUUUGCUCCAGCACUGGAGGGGAUGGGGGAAGUUGCAACUGCCCCACCACCUCGUACACUUAUGAUCUAGAUAACUUUCACAGUAUCUAGAGAACAUGUCACACUGGAACAUGAAAUAUUUAUUCUACAAACUAAACCAAAAAUGUAGUGUCUGAUGUUAGUCUUCAGACAUGGGACCUGUUCUUUGAUGAAUAAAUUUUAUUGUAACUUAUCGAACAACAA